AAAUUAGGAAGUAUUAUUUGUACGAUUAAGUGGGCCACAAUGGACGAGAUAAUGGCAGACCAGAUGGUUGAUGGAGCCAUAGCCACAUGUCUCUCCCUUUUUACGUGGCUGUGCCUGAACCUCGUGGGCCAGAUCGGCAAACAGGCCCAAAGCAAUACUGGAUUUCUGUGGGAUGGUUCCCCGGAAGUGAAACCAUUUGAAUACGAGAAGGGCGAUGACGGGACUUGCAGCUCCUUCGAUGUUUACGUGAACUUCCUGUGGACAUUCGCCCUUAUUUACGCGCUGUCCAAGCUGACGCAGUUCUCGGAGUGGUAUUUGGGCCAACGUUUGGUGGCCCACAAGCACCGCGGCGAUGUCCGCUCCAUCAACGGCGAGUGGGAGCAGACCCUUCAGCACCACGAGGACUUCAAGAGCCAGCUGGACGGAGAGGUGCGGCUGCUCACCGAGAAGAACCUCAGCCUGGAGCGCAUGAUUGUGGACCUGCGCGACUGCAACAUCCAACUGAUUGGCGAGAACUUUAUGCGAUCCGUGCAUCAGGAACAGAAACAAUCAUCCGCCCAGUCGAACAACAUCUAUAUCACAAACAGCUACUUCCACUUAACACGCCAGCUGUUCGUCAACGAGGGACAUAUAGACCUCAAUGUUCGAAACAUCGGCGGCGAGGAUCUAUGCUCUAUGGGAACCCCCGAGGAGGGACUGAAUGUCUGGAUGCAGUAUCUAAUGAUGCGCAAGUGCUACAUGGGGCCCGUUGCCGAUCCCAAUUUGAUUGCUCCAAGCAACACUGGGAAUGUGGGGCCUAUUGUUAUGACCACCGAGCAGUUGGCCAACUUGCAGGGAAUUAUAUAGUUGGUUUUUACUUGAGUGCAAUUAUAAAUUGAUGAUAAAGUUGUUUAAUCAAAAUUUGAAAAACCCAUAAAAAUGAAUAAAAUGUAUUAUUUAAAUGAUA